CCUGCCCACCAGAGACCAGUUCAGUCCGAGAGAAGCUGCACACAGAGCAGGAUCCGGAUCACAGAGGACUUACAGCCGCAGGGACUUCUUGGAUCGCUGCAGUUUCCCCGACACUUUUCCUGCUCUUCUUGGAGGUUUCGGGGAGUUUUUAAAGAGGAAGAAGAGGAUCCGCGUCUCAGAUUCUGGAAGGAUGAGGCAGGGUAAAGGGUGGAUGGUGGCAGUGCUGCUGGUGCUGCUGGGAAUCGGAGUGUCGGCCCAGAAGCUUCCCACCAGAGACGAGGGUUUGUUCCAGAUGCAGAUCAGAGACAAGACGCUGUUCCACGACUCCUCCGUCAUCCCCGACGGAGCUGAGAUCAGCGGAUACCUGUUCAGGGACACACCCAAAAGGUACUACUUUGUGGUGGAGGAGGACAACACGCCGCUGUCUGUGACGGUGACGCCCUGCGACGCUCCUCUGGAGUGGAGGCUGAGUCUGCAGGAGCUGCCGGAGGAGGCCAGCGCCGAGGGCUCAGGAGAGCCGGAGCCUCUGGACCAGCAGAAGCAGCAGGUAACGGUGGACGAGGGCACGGAGCUCUUCACUUACAAGGGGAACGACGUGGAGGCGUACGUGGCCUCCAGCUCGCCCUCCGGCCUCUACCAGCUGGAGCUGCUGUCCACCGAAAAGGACAGCAACUUCAAGGUGUACGCCACCACCACGCCCGAGUCCGACCAGCCCUACCCCGAGCUGCCCUACGACCCGCGGGUCGACGUGACGGCACUGGGAAGAACCACCGUCACGCUGGCCUGGAAACCCACGCCCACCGGCUUCCUGAUGGGCCAGCCGGUGCAGUACUGCGUGGUGAUCAACAAGGAGCACAACUUCAAGAGCAUGUGCGCCGCGGAGGCUAAGAUGACGCUGGAUGACGGGUUCAUGUUGGCGCCCAAACCGGGUCGGGACUUCAGCCCGUUCGACUUCGCCCACUUCGGGUUCGUCCCGUCUGAUAAUCUGCUGGGGAAGGACCGCGGACUCGUGAGCAACAAGAUCUCCCGGAGCUACACCCCCAAACCCAGAGCCUCCGACAUCCAGAAGCUGUGCAUUGGCAACAAGAACAUCUUCACUGUGUCGGACCUGAAGCCGGACACGCAAUACUACUUUGACGUGUUUGCCGUGAACUCGGCCACCAACACCAGCACGGCGUACGUCGGCACGUUCGCCCGCACCAAAGAGGAAGCCCGGCAGAAAACCCUGGAGCUGAAGGACGGCAAAGUGUCCGACGUCUUCAUCAAGAGGAAGGGCAGCAAGUUCCUGCGCUUCGCCCCGGUGUCGUCCCACCAGAGGGUCACCCUGUUCCUGCACGCUUGCCUGGACGCCGUGCAGGUGCAGGUGAGGCGUGACGGCAAACUGCUGCUGAGCCAGAACGUGGAGGGCGUUCGGCAGUUCCAGCUGCGCGGGAAACCCAAAGCCAAGUACCUGAUCCGCCUGCGGGGCAGCAGGAAGGGCGCCUCCACCCUGAAGGUCCUGGCCUCCACCCGGCCCAGCAGCAAGCAGCCCUUCCCCUCGCUGCCGGAGGACACACGCAUCAAGGCCUUCGACAAGCUGCGCACCUGCUCCUCCGCCACCGUCGCAUGGCUCGGCACGCAGGACCGCAACAAGUACUGCAUCUACCGCAAGGAGGUGCCCGACAACUACGGUGAGGAGCAGCGCCGCCGCGAGCAGAACCAGUGCGCCGGGCCUGAGAGCCGCAGGAAGUCGGAGAAGGUCCUGUGCAAGUACUUCCACAGCCCCAACCUGCAGAAAGCCGUGACCACGGAGACGGUGACGGGGCUGGAGCCGGGGAAGAGCUACCUGCUGGACGUUUACGUGGUGGGACACGGCGGACACUCGGUCAGGUACCAGAGCAAACUGGUGAAAACAAGGAAGUACUGCUAAAGACUGCACAGAAUAAAUCUAUUAUAUAUAUAUAUGAAAUAAGUUUAUUUAACUCUAAGUGAUAUUCUACUAAGGAGUGUAUACAGACUGCGGCCGACAGUGACUGAGCGGUUCCCUGUAUAUUUAUGUUUCCCAGGCUGCUCGGAGAUCUUCCUCCGGUCCGUGGCGCUCGCCUUCAGACCGACACUCAGCAGCGCCUUGUAUAGAUCUCAUAUCCACUACAUGUGUUAGGAGGAGUUUAAAUUAUUUUAUACUUUGGUCUCUCUUUGUCUCGUUUUUAUUUUUUAUGAUGACGAUAAUAACUGUUCGGAGGAUUUCCAGUGGUAGUUCAGACAUUCCCCUGUUGCUCAUCCUGUAAACGUGUUCUGUGCUGGAGAUGUGUGUGUUAUUAUCACUGUAUCGCUGUGUGUGUGUACAGAGUUGUCCUGCCAAUAUUCAUGUACAUAAACACUAAAUAUAGAACCAGUAA